UUGUCCAGGGAUCGGAGCCGUCCGUCUCCCCCAGGCCCGGACCCCCAGCCCCAAGCCGGGGGGCCCCCACCACCACCGACAGACCCCCCAAGAGGGCCUGGCUCUUGCCGCCCCCCCUUUCCUGUGCCCCUAGGAUGCCCCCCUUCGCCUCCCGCCUGGCUCUGCUGCUGCUGCUGCUCCUGCUCCGCGUGGCAUCUCCCCAGGAGACACAAGAUCCGGACAGUUACACGGAAUGCACAGAUGGGUACCAGUGGGACACGGAGAGCCAGCACUGUAAGGAUGUGAACGAGUGCGAGACCAUCCCCGAGGCCUGCAAAGGGGAGAUGAAGUGCAUCAACCAUUACGGGGGCUACCUGUGCCUGCCCCGCUCCGCCGCCGUCAUCGACGACGUCCACGGCGAGGGGGCCCCUCCGCCCCGGCCCCCCGGCCCGCUCCCCCCAAACAGCUGCCAGGAGGGCUUCCAGCCGGACGAGGACGACCACUGUGUGGACACGGACGAGUGUGAGCUGGAUCUCCACGACUGCCGGCCCAGUCAGCAGUGUCACAACCUGCCCGGAUCCUUCCACUGCUCCUGCCCCGACGGCUACCGCAAGAUCGGCCCCGAGUGCGUCGACGUCGACGAGUGCCGCUACCGCUACUGCCAGCACCGCUGCGUCAAUCUCCCCGGCUCCUUCAGCUGCCAGUGCGAGCCGGGCUUCCAGCUGGGCCCCAACAACCGCUCCUGUGUGGACGUGAACGAGUGUGAGAUGGGGGCCCCGUGCGAGCAGCGCUGCUUCAACACGUACGGCACCUUCCUCUGCCGCUGCAACCCCGGCUACGAGCUGCACCGCGAUGGCUUCUCCUGCAACGACAUAGACGAAUGCAGCUACUCCAGCUACCUCUGCCAGUUCCGCUGCUUCAACGAGCCGGGCCGUUUCUCCUGCCACUGCCCCCAGGGCUACCAGCUGCUGGCCACCCGGCUGUGCCAAGACGUCGACGAGUGCGAGGCCGCUGCCCAUCAGUGCGCCGAGGGGCAGAGCUGCGUCAACUUCCACGGGGGCUACCGCUGCGUGGACACCAACCGCUGCCUCGAGCCUUACGUCUGGGUGGCAGAUAACCGCUGCCUGUGUCCGGCCACCAACCCCCUGUGCCGCGAGCAGCCGUCCACCAUCGUCCACCGCUACAUGAGCAUCACGUCCGAGCGCAGCGUGCCCGCUGACGUCUUCCAGAUCCAGGCCACCUCCGUCUACCCCGGGGCCUACAACGCCUUCCACAUCCGCUCCGGCAACGCUCAGGGGGACUUCUACAUCCGGCAAAUCAACAACGUCAGCGCGAUGCUGGUGCUGGCGCGGCCGGUGACGGGCCCGCGGGAGUUCGUGCUGGACCUGGAGAUGGUCACCAUGAAUUCGCUCAUGAGCUACAGGUCCAGCUCCGUCCUCCGGCUCACCGUCUUCGUGGGCGCCUACGCCUUCUAACCCGCAGGGCUGGGCCCCCUGCCCUGCCUCAGAUCCCCCCCCACAACUUCCCGAAACUCCGGAGGGAACAGGAGUUCCCUGUCCCCUCCCCUUCCACGCCGGUCGGGGCAGUGCAACAAGCUGCAACGGAACUGAGAAAAGAGAAAGGAAAUAAAAAAAGAGAA